AUGGACGUAGCAGACAAAGUAGCAAUUGUGACUGGUGCUGCGAAUGGCAUUGGACGAGCCAUUGUGGAACAGUUACUACUGAAAAAUGCUAGAACUGUGGUAAUUCUAGAUGUCAAUGAAGAGGGAGGAAAAAAGACAUUGGAAGAGCUGAGAGAGAAAUAUGGUGAGGAUAGGGUUGACUUUAUAAAAUGUGAUGUCAGCAAUGCUACACAGCUUGAAGCUGCCUUUGUUACAACCAAGACGCGUUAUGAACGCCUGGACAUCGUGUGUAAUAAUGCUGGCAUUGACAAUGAGUUCGAAUUGGAGAAGAGUGUGGCAAUUAACCUCACUGCAGUGAUCAGAGGUACAUAUCUCGCUGUAGAACACAUGGGGACAAAGAAUGGGGGAAAUGGAGGCGUGGUUAUCAACACUGCAUCUGGACUUGGUAUCAUGCCAUUCCCGUUACUUCCAAUUUAUACAGCUACCAAACACGGCGUUGUAGGAUUCACACGAAGUGUGGCUAGUGAACCCAUGGUAGUAGAGAACGCAAUACGCGUGUCUGCGAUAUGUCCCGGUGCAGUGAAAACAUCGAUAACUGAAAACCAGGACGUGGACAAGACAACUCGUUACGGACAUCUGUUGCGUCCAUUGCUUGCAAAUGUGACAAAGAUGACGACAACGGAACUCGCUGCUAAUAUUAUAAUAAUGAUUGAAGAUUCCAAGUAUGACGGUGGUGCAUGUAUGGUUUCGGCGGAGAUUCCCCUCACCAAAGUAGAACCGCCAACAAUCGGAGUCCAAUGA